AUGGCGACGCCCACAGGCAACGAUGCCAAUCUGACCGGUAAAAGGCUCAAUGUCCUUGUAUACUCCGGUUCGCUCACCCAUUCCGCCUGGCAACUGAGCCGCUUUCUGACCGACAAUGGCCCGACAGGAACCGGAACCACCGUUGACUCAGUCCGCCACACCCUCUACACCCUGCGCCGCCUGCUUGCUCCCCAUUAUGCUGUUACCCCCGUCACUGGGGAUAUGCUCCUCAAGGAGCCGUGGACGGCUACAUGUGCCCUACUGGUGAUUCCCGGUGGCGCCGAUCUGGGCUACGGCCGCACGCUCAAUGGCCCGGGCAACCGUCGCAUCACGCAGUUCGUGCGCCGGGGUGGGAAAUAUCUCGGUCUGUGUGCGGGUGGUUACUACGGUUGCAAAAAGUGCGAGUUCGAGGUCGGUGAUAAGACUAUGGAGGUCAUCGGAGACCGGGAGCUUGCUUUCUUCCCUGGUACAUGUCGUGGCGGAGCGUUCCCCGGGUUUGUCUACCACAGCGAGGCGGGCGCACGGGCAGCGCAGUUGGAUGUCUCGAAAGAAGCAUUGAGCAUUGGAAAUGUGCCGGCCAAGUUCCGUUCAUACUAUAAUGGUGGUGGUGUCUUUGUGGAUGCGCCACGGUUCAAGGACCAGGGUGUUGAGGUGCUAGCCAACUACUCGGAGAAGCUCAAUGUUGAUCCUGGAGAGGGCGCGGCUGCUAUCGUCUACUGUAAAGUGGGUGACGGAGCAGCCAUCUUGACAGGACCGCACCCGGAGUUUGCAGCUGUGAACCUGGACCCCAAUGCUAAUGGACCCGAGUUCAAAGACAUCGUCGACGCUAUUACCGCCGACGACAAGGAGCGUACAGGCUUCUUGAAGGCUUGCCUAUCCAAACUUGGACUACAAGUUGCGCAAGACACCGCACAUGUGCCUUCCCUGUCGUCGUUGCACGUUUCUGGUCUUGAUGCAGACGAGACUAUGGAGAUUUUGUCGAGCCUCGUGCCAGCGUUGACCAGCGAAGGUCAGAAUGAAUACUUGAAAGACGAGUAUGACACAUUCCGCAUUGAGCGUCCCGGCACAUGGAACCUGGGCGACUUGGAGGAGUCGCUCCCCGACGAGUCCGCUACGUCUGGUGAUGGUAUUAUUGAUUACCAAAAGAUUGUAAAGAGACUUGUGAUCCAUGAUGAUCUACCAUCCUCGAAGCUCACUCCUUACUUCAACCACCAUGCAUUCUACGCCAACCUUCGCCAGUAUCAAUCCGAAUCGAAAGAAGGCGCUUCGAAGUUUGGGUCUAACCUCAUGUAUGGUGAAGUGGUGACAAGUACAAACACGAUCUUGGAGAAGAAUGCACAGCUUCUUCGCCGUUUACCACAGGGCUUUACUGCCACAGCCACCGUUCAGGUCGCCGGACGUGGACGAGGUUCCAAUGUCUGGAUCUCACCAGCAGGCGCCCUGAUCUUCUCCACAGUAGUCCGGCAUCCGAUCGAGAAGAUUCAGUCGGCCCCCGUGGUGUUCCUGCAGUACCUCGCGGCUAUGGCCGUCGUUAAGGGCAUCAAGAGCUACGCUAAAGGAUAUGAGAAGAUUCCUGUCAAAAUGAAGUGGCCCAAUGACAUUUAUGCCCUCGACCCUGAGGACCCUGAGCAAAAGCGAUACACCAAGAUUUGCGGUAUCCUAAUCAACUCUCAUUUCAUGUCAAACGAAUACAUCUCUGUCGUUGGCAUCGGCGUCAACGCCACAAAUGCAUCCCCGACCACAGCCCUGACGUCGCUAGCAGCGCGCUACGCUUCUCCCGGCGCUGCCGAUGCCUCGCCCGUCACACUCGAGAAACUUCUAGCGCGGAUCUUGACAACCUUCGAAGACCUAUAUACCCGUUUCCUGCGCGUCGGGUUUGACCGCGGCUUUGAGGCAAUGUAUUACGAAGACUGGCUGCACAUGCACCAGAUCGUCACACUUGAAGAGGAAGGUGGUGCUCGUGCCCGCAUCCAGGGUAUCACUCGAGACUACGGUCUUUUGCUUGCCGAGGAGCUAGGUUGGAAUGACCGACCGACCGGGCGGGUGUGGCAGCUGCAGAGUGACAGCAAUAGUUUUGAUUUCUUCCGCGGGCUGCUGAAGCGGAAGGUGUAA